AUGGCGACCACACUGACCAAGCGACAAACGCGUCUGAUCGCUAUCGCCUUCCCUGACGCUGCGUUGGAGGAUGCAGCCAACUCCACAUUCAUCGUCAGGAACGGCAUCGACCGACGCGAUCAUCUCAACGAUGCAGAGUUCGACGACAGGAUCCUUCCUCGUACUCUUGAGCGAAUCAACGACAACCCAGCCAAGGACAAAUCUGGCGCCGGUGCCGUGGUAGCGGGUGGUGUGCUCAGAGCUAUUUUUGCUAGGAGGGAUAUAUCGGGCUCCGUACGCGAGCAGUUGAAGUCUUGUAAUACUCUGGCUUUCAUCGCACUGAUCAUCAAGGAUUACGAGGCGGAGGCUGAAGAUCGCAAUAAGCGAUUCGACCAGGCUGAACGCGAGGGGCAACAGAGGCAGCAUCUGGAGUCCGGCGUUGAUGAAAGAGGGGAUAGCGAGGUCAAGGCGCUGAGGAAGGAGGAGAGGAAGAAGGAGGUGCGGGAGGAUUUGGAGAAAGAGGAGAGGUCACGGAUGAUGAUGGAAUGA